AUGUCUGCGAUUGCCAAAACUAAGCCAGAAGGCCUGCUGGGCCUCUCUGUCGCCGAAGCCAAGUCUUUGCUUCUUGGUAUUGUCUGUGAGGAAGGCGGCAGGAUUGAUAUGGAAAAGCUUGCUUUGAAGUACCCGUACAAGAACAGCGCUUCCGCCAGCACCUCGUACCGCAACGCCAAACGCAGGCUCCUGGAAAUUGACACUGCUGGUGCAGCCGAUGGCCCUGCUGCGAACUCCAUCGCCUCCCCAGGUACUUCAGCCGCCAACAGCGCGACCACCACCCCCAAGAAAAGAUCUCCUGUCAAGCGCAAGAAGCUUGCACCCAUUGACUCCGAGGCUGCUGCCGGCCCCGCCGACGAAGCGACCGGCUCUCCCAAAUCAAAGCGACAGAGAAAGACCCCCGUGAAGAAGGCUACUGCCGCUAAGAACAAGGAGCUCGUCGAAGAAGACGACGAGGCCAACGAGGGUAUGGUGAAGCCCGAGCCCAACGUCGAGGACAACAAUGGACUUGCCAACGUGAAGGUGGAGGACACCGAUGAGCAGGCAGAAUACUGUGACCUGGAGCAGACCAGCAUGCCGCUGCAGUUGCAUGAGAAUGCUGAGGACGACCUGGGAAGCAUCGACCUCGAUGCCGAGCUUGAUGCCUUGGAUACCCCCAAGACUAUCAAAGGCGAGGACGAUAUCGACACUGAGUUCAUUGACCUUGAUACCCCUACCAAGGGCGAGAUCGAAGAGGCCUAG